GAGCUCCCGAUGGGGGCUGAGAGGCUGCACCGCCCGGCCUCUCUCUGGCUUCUCCCCCAGCCCUUUGUUAAGCUCCGGCUCAUGCCCGCGAGCUCCUGGCAGGGCGGCUCAGGCGGCAGCUGAGGGAGCCCCAGCGCGAUCUCCGCGCGCACCGCUGCUUAAGUUUGCUGCUCGCGGGCGGGCAGCGAAGGGGAGGCGGUGCAACUGCGGGGGGAGAAGAGAGUUUCCUCUGAUUCUUGUUGCUGCCCCGCGGCUCCGCGGACGGGGGAGCCUGACGCGGCGGGGCAUCUUCUGCCCCGUCUCUCUUCUCGGAGGGCAUCGGAUGUGGAGCCUCCCUUCGCGGCAGCGUCAGAUUAGCGGCCUCCCGUCGAAUCGGAAGCCCUCCCAGGAAUCUCCGAGUUUGGACCCUCACACGCCUCUCGGGCAUCGGCUUAAGCGCCUCCUUCCCUCCCCUGGGGAGAUGUUCCAUUAGGGGCGACCCAGCGCGCCGCCGCCUGUUUUGCUUUGCCUUCAGUUCCGGGAGUGGAUUUUAUGCUUCGAGGGAGGAACGGAACCGCCUGUGUCUCCUGCGAGCCCCGCCAUGUCGACGGCGAUCACCGCCGCGGAAAAAGUGGAUGGCUUCACCCGGAGGUCGGUGCGCAAGGCUCAGAAGCAGAAGCGGUCGCAGGGCUCCUCGCAGUUCCGCAGCCAGAGCAGCCAAGUGGAGCUCUUCCCGCUGCCCCAGCUCAAAGAUGCCACUUCAAAUGAACAACAAGUCCUCUUCUGCCAGAAAUUACAGCAGUGCUGUGUAUUAUUUGAUUUCAUGGACUCUGUCUCUGACUUAAGGAGCAAAGAAAUUAAAAGAGCAACACUGAAUGAACUAGUGGAAUAUGUUUCAACAAAUCGUGGUGUGAUUACUGAAUCAGCAUAUUCGGAAAUUGUAAAAAUGAUUAGCUCUAAUAUCUUUAGAACACUUCCUCCAAGUGAAAAUCCAGAUUUUGAUCCAGAAGAGGAUGAGCCUACAUUAGAAGCUUCAUGGCCCCAUAUACAGCUGGUGUAUGAAUUUUUACUAAGGUUUUUAGAAAGUCCUGAUUUCCAGCCUAGCAUUGCAAAACGUCAUAUUGACCAGAAAUUUGUACAGCAGCUGUUGGAGCUUUUUGACAGUGAAGAUCCACGAGAGCGUGACUUUCUAAAAACAGUACUUCAUCGAAUUUAUGGCAAAUUCCUUGGAUUAAGAGCAUUCAUCAGGAAACAAAUCAACAAUAUUUUUCUCAGGUUUAUAUAUGAAACAGAACAUUUCAAUGGUGUUGCUGAGCUACUUGAGAUACUGGGAAGUAUUAUCAAUGGUUUUGCAUUGCCACUGAAAGGCGAACAUAAACAGUUCCUUCUGAAGGUUCUUAUUCCCAUGCAUACUGCAAAGGGAUUAGCUUUAUUUCAUGCACAGCUGGCGUACUGUGUUGUUCAGUUCCUGGAAAAAGAUAUGACAUUAACAGAGCCG